AUGGGUGUCACUGACAGUCCAUUCUGCAGCGUGUGCAGAGAGAAAAUCGAAUCAAUCAAACAUCUAUUAUGGGAUUGUCCAUACAGCCACAAAUUUUGGGAAAAUGUUAUUAAUUGGGCAAAUUUGGUAUCAGCUAAAGGUCAACCAUGUAAAUCUGCUAAAUUGAGAUUAAAAACUAGAAGUGAAGAUUGGGUUGUGGUAGAAACAGAAUGGUCAUGUUAUUUAAAUCCUUGGUCCAAUCAAGUUGAUCUCAUCUUCAGUAAACAUGCCAUUAUCAGUGAGCCAAGUAAUACAGAUAUUUUUCGUGAAAAAACGUCAUUUAAUAAAAGGCCAAACAAUCCCGAAGAAGUAAAACAGUCACAAGUAUCAUCAUUUCAGAAGAAAAUAUUAAAGAUUUUAAAACAAACUGUAGACGUCACAUCUUCAUCAUCAUUAACUGUUAGUAAAGUUGGUUAUGUAUGUACGCUCUUUAAAUCAUACAGUCAAGUAACCUAA